CACUGUUAGUUAAGGCUGCAAGAGGGUAACCUAUAAUUCAGCCUCCAGCAUGGAUGAUGCACCAAGCAGGAAGGUAUAUGGCUGUUUACAGAAAGCUUGCAGAGAAGUGCCCAUCCUUCGGAGAAAGGUCAGAGACAACUGAUCUUACUGUGAAAAUUUCUUUGCAGCCUUGGGAAGCCUUCUCUCCGGAUGGAGUAAUAAUUUUUUUGAACAUACUUACACCUCUUCCUGCUUUUGGUGUCCCGUUUGACAUUGAACAAGUGAGAGGCCCUGUCAUUCAGAAACCGAUUAUUUCAGAGGAGUGCUUGAAGGCAUUGCAUCCAAUUGACCUGGAGAAACUUCAUUUUGUUGGGGAGUCCCUUAAGAUUUUAAGUGGCACCAUUACAGCCAACACGCUUUCAAAACUUGUAAACCUUUGGGAUCUGGAUCUUUCCAAUAAUAGUUCGCUGUCUUUGAGCAUUAAUGGCACUGGUGUCAACUAUUCCUUUCUGAAACUUUUGUCCUUAAGAUUCUCUUCUUGCAACAUUCACAAGUUCCCAAGUUUUUUAAGGAAGGCAGAGAGUUUGCUAAUAUUGGAUAUUUCCAAGAACAAGAUUUCUGGUCAAAUUCACAAAUGGGAAAUAGAGGGGAUGUCAUUGUGCAGAUUAAACCUUUCUUAUAACUUCUUGCCGUUGGCUUUCUUUCUUCCUUCAAGAAGAUCUGACAAAAUAAUGUGUGCAUGAACUUAAUUAGUUGGCAGCAGAAGCUGCAGGCAGUUGCCCUUUCUUUCUGUGAUUGUUAUGUCUUUUUAUGUGAAUUAUUAUUUCAUGUUCAAUGUUUGUUGAAAAUUUUAGCUAAAAACUUAAAUGUUUUUUAUGUCAUCACUUUUCUAUGUUUUCUUCCAGUCCUUUCCCCUUGACGGUGCGUUUUAAUGAAAGAAAUGAAAAUUUUUUUUUUUU